AGAAAAAAUGAAGGAAAUACUGAAGGAGUUCCAAGACACUCUUCCCGACGACCUUCCAAACGAGCUGCCGCCAUACCAAACGCACCAACACGAGGUCGUGGAAGAACCAGGUUCGAAGCCGACCUUCCGAGCACCAUAUUGGCUCAGCCCCAUGGAGCUAGCCGACAUGAAGAAACAUAUCGAGUAUCUCCUCGCAAAAGGACUCAUCCGACCAUCCACUUCGCCAUAUGGUGCCCCAGUACAAUUCACACCGAAGCCAGACAGAAGCCUGCGAAUGUGCAUCGAUUACCGAGCUCUCAACAAGCAGACCAUCAAGAACAGAUACCCAAUCCCACGAAUCGAUGACCGGCUUGAUCAGCUUCGGGGAGCUACGGUAUUUUCCAAACUAGAUAUGCGGUCCGGGAACUUGCAGAUACGAAUGGCGGAAAAUUCCAUCCACAAAACUACCUUCCGAACUCGGUACGCAUCGUACGAGUAUCUGGUAAUGCUGUUCGAACUCACCAACGCACCAGCAACAUUCCAAGCCAAAAUGAACCACAUUCUACGCCCAGUCUUGGAUGAAUGCGUGGUGGUGUACCUAGAUGACAUCCUCACGCAUGCGAACAGGGUGGAAGUCGUGGAUCGCCUGAAGGCACCCUCGGAUUGUAGCACCCUUCGGGCACAGCUGGGCUUUCUCAACUAUUACCGAAAGUUUAUCCCGAACUUCAGUAAGACGGCAAGGCCACUCAACCUGCUGCUGAGAGAAGAUACGACAUGGAGCUGGGGGAGAGAGCAGGAGGAGGCAUGGCGGGCACUAAAGGAGGCUGUGAAGACGGCCCCCAUGCUGAAGCUGCCUGACCCCGAGGAACUGUUUUUGCUGUAUACGGACUGGAGCAGUAGCGGCAUGGGGGCGGUGCUAUGCCAGAAGGAAAAGGGGGCAGAGAGGUUGGUGGCGUACGCCAGCCAGUCAUGCAGCCCAGCGGAGAGUAACUACAGCUCAUAUGAGGGAGAGGGGCUGGCGGCAGUGUGGGCUGUGGAGCUGUUUCGACCAUACGUCAAGGGGCGAAGAUUCACCCUAGUAACCGACCAUCAGCCGUUGCUCUGGCUGAUGUGGAACCAAACCCUGAAGGGCAGGAAUGCACGUUGGGCAAUGCGCCUGCAGGAGUUCAACUUCGAGGUAAAGCAUAGGCCAGGCAAGACCUUGCAGCACGUGGAUGGGCUGUCGCGGCAAGACAAAGGGGAAGCAGAGAAAGGGCAGCGGGAGUAGCAGAGGCAUUCGUGCAGCAAGUACUU